GCACCUUGGAGAUUUCUUCAAACUUGACUGCCAAACUUCCAGCUGUUGGUUGUUUUAGGAAGUGAAACUUCAGAAAAGGGACGAAAAACAACUUCUACACAAUAAUGGCUGGGAAUCCUACCGAGAGGACUGAACUUGGAGCUGAAGAUGAGGAAGAACAGACGGAGAAUGACGAAGCAGACGCCAAACCUGACCGCAGGGGGAGGUUUCUACUUUUUGGCAAGAAGAAUAAGGAUGGCCAGACGCGGGAGCAGGACUACUCUUCUGAAAGCCAUUACAGAAUUGUCUCACCAACAUUCCAGUAUAAGAUGAGCCACCGGCAAGUGGGCAAGUGCAUCAUCAUCAACAAUAAAAACUUUGAUGAAAAGACGGGGAUGAAUGUACGCAACGGGACAGACCGUGAUGCCGGCGAGCUGUGCAAGUGCUUCAAGAGUCUGGGUUUCGACGUCUUUAUCUACAACGACCAGACCUGCGAGAAGAUGGAGCGUCUCCUCAGAGAGGCCUCAGAGGAAGACCACAGCGACAACUCAUGUUUCGCAUGCAUCCUGCUGAGCCACGGCGAGGAGGGCAUGAUCUACGGCACCGACGGCGCCAUGCCCAUCAAGACCAUGACCUCGCUGUUCAGGGGCGACAUGUGCAAGAGCUUGGUGGGCAAGCCCAAACUCUUCUUCAUCCAGGCUUGUCGCGGUUCUGAGUUUGACGACGGCAUCCAGACAGAUUCCGGUCCCCCAAACGACACCUUGGAGACCGACGCCAAUCCCAGACAUAAAAUCCCCGUCGAGGCCGAUUUCCUCUUUGCCUACUCCACCGUGCCAGGCUACUAUUCGUGGAGGAACCCCGGCCGCGGCUCCUGGUUCGUCCAGGCGCUGUGCAACGUCCUGAACGAGUUCGGCAAGCAGCUGGAGAUCAUGCAGAUCCUGACACGCGUCAACUACAUGGUGGCCACCAGCUUCGAAUCGUGGUCGGAAGACCCACGCUUCAGCGAGAAGAAGCAGAUCCCCUGCGUGGUGUCCAUGCUAACCAAAGAGCUGUAUUUCAACUGACAAGUGCCUUGUUGUUUUUUUUUUUAACAGGGGACUGAUGGCGCAGUCCAAAGAAGCAUUCAGGGAUUAACGAAUCCGGCCUCGUAAUCGGGCCCGAAAAACGAGCACUUCAUGUGUUUAUUGCUGAAACUUUUUUCAUCUUUCUCCUCUACUUCAGGUUCUAUUCUUCACAGCAAUGGCGUCACAUUUGAUCGGAGCUUUUGUCGGCAGGCAUUGUGAGAUAUCCAUGUUCUUCUGCCAUCAUUUUUUUUUUUUUUUUUUUAUUUCCUGCUGAUGUGCUGCCACUUUGUGUGUGCGGGGGACCUCUUGUCCAAAAUACUACACUAUGCUAUUCUGCCCAAACUAACUCUAACUAACUCACAGUGACCACCACAGGAGUGGUUUACAUCCUUGUCAUGCACUUGGACACAAACUACUUUUUUUUAAUUUUUUUAUUUUAUCAGGUGAUUGUUUUUAUUUUCACAGAGACUCUGUCUUUGAUGGGCCUCAAGCUUUAAGGCACUAUGCUGGCAAAUCCUCAGGUUCAUUCAUGUAAGUGUCACGUUUCAAACAUUUUCUUACUGUGUACAUCAUGGCCAGAAGUGUCAUCUUUUGCUAUGUCAUGUGCACAAUACCUUGCUGUUUUUUUAUUAUUCCAUUUAAAAGCGAUGACACAAGACGAGACAGGAUUUUAACUUUACUUUUCAGAAAAGCAUGAUGAAAAAUAUAUUUAAAAAAAAAUGACAAUACAUUGCAAUCUACUAAUAUAAUUUCUACUCUGCACUCUGCCUCCACCCACUGACAUUCAUGCAUACGUAUGUAUCUUAUAUUAUCAUAUAUUCUGAUAAACCUACUAUUCUGACCCAAAUAGAAGACAGUAUACGAUGAAUGAAAUAUGAUUUAAAUACCAAAAUGUGAUAGAAAAAAAUAUAUAAUUUUACCUUGUACAAUAUCUUUCCAAAAAAAAGGCAUCAUCUUAUAUUCAGGGUCAUCUUAUAUUCAUGUCAAUACAGUUUAUUCACGGUACAAGAGUCAUAUAGAUACAUAGAAAAAUAAGAAAAUAGUCAUAUAAAUAAAUAGAAAUUUAUUAUGGGAAAUUUACAUGUCCGGAAGUACACAAAAAUCACAAUAGCAUAAUUUUAAAUAUUUGUAUUUAUUUAAAAAAAAUGUUUUUAUUGAUUUACAUAACAUACUACAUCUAGUUUAUUUUUAUUUUUUUUAUUUGAGCUUGUAUUUGAAAGAAAUUGGACAUUUUCUAAACCACUUGGAGCCCACGGUACCACAUCUUGUAAUACCACUGCCUGCCUGUACAGGCACUACUGAUUACUACUACUGAGGUAUUGGAACCAGUACUCUUAACAGGUAAAAUGCACAAUUUUAUUCAUUUUUACCAAAGCUUUUUUUUUUCAAACCGUGACUAAAUACUAUAUGUUAAAAGUAUAAGAUGACUUAAAAAAAAUUGUUCCUUUAAAAAAAAAACAUUAAAUAUCUUAAUUUUAACAGUGAAAAAGUGCGUAAUUGAUAAUUUAAUAUGAUAUAGCAAAAAAAUGACACUUGCUUGAACGCCAUGACAGUUUGUUUAUAUCACAUCACAGAGGCAGCUAUGACUGAUAACAACACGUACACAAUUAUUCACACACAUCUUCUUUUUGUAACAAUUUUUACACAAAGUUCAGUGCAUCUCAGCAAUGACAACAAAUGUAUUGAUCCCUCUCGACACAUGGAUCUCUGGUCAGUGACGUGCAGAUUUUAUUUUUAUUUUUUUUUUUUUUGGAAUGCAAUUCGGGGGUAGGGUAUUUAUUUUUUUCGGGGUUCCUAUUUAAAUGCUUUAUGGUGUUAAAUGCUGUUGUCCUCACAGAUAGAUUUGAAACAGAUUUGGAGAAAUGCAUGCCUUCAUUUAAGAAUAAUAAUAAUAAUAUAAUAUGAACCAAUGUUGAAACCAAUGAAAGACAAUGGAAAAAAAAAAACCCAAAGAGAAGAAUGCUUAUGUUAACACUUCCUUGUAUUAAACAUGAAUUUAUUGUGUUA